GCCUGCUUCCGGCGCGGCCCGGCGACCUCCGCGGGGCGAGGCGGGCGGCGAGCCAGGGCCGCGGGGGCGGCGGCCACGCUCCGGCCCGGCCCGCUGCUGCCCUCGGCCCCGCGCCCCGGCCGCGCGCCGCCAUGGGCAAGAAGCACAAGAAGCACAAGACCGAGUGGCGCUCGUCCUACGAGGAUUACACAGACAAGCCCCUGGAGAAGCCCCUGAAGCUGGUCCUCAAGGUUGGAGGAAGCGAAGUGACUGAGCUCUCAGGGUCUGGGCACGACUCCAGUUACUACGAUGACAGGUCAGACCACGAGCGCGAGCGACACAAAGAAAAAAAGAAGAAGAAGAAAAAGAAAUCGGAGAAGGAGAAGCACCUCGAUGAUGAAGAAAGAAGGAAAAGGAAGGAAGAGAAGAAGCGGAAACGGGAAAAGGAGCAUGGCGACACGGAGGGAGAGGCCGACGACUUUGAUCCUGGGAAGAAGGUGGAUGUGGAGCCGCCCCCUGAUAGGCCCAUGCGCGCGUGCCGGACACAGCCAGCUGAGAACGAGAGCACACCUAUUCAGCAACUGUUAGAGCACUUUCUCCGCCAGCUCCAGAGAAAAGAUCCUCAUGGGUUUUUCGCUUUUCCUGUCACGGAUGCAAUUGCUCCUGGAUACUCAAUGAUAAUAAAACAUCCUAUGGAUUUUGGCACCAUGAAAGACAAGAUUGUAGCCAAUGAAUACAAGUCUGUCACAGAAUUUAAGGCAGAUUUUAAGCUGAUGUGCGAUAAUGCCAUGACCUACAACAGGCCGGACACUGUGUACUACAAGCUAGCCAAGAAGAUCCUUCACGCGGGCUUUAAGAUGAUGAGCAAAGAGCGGCUGUUAGCUUUGAAGCGCAGCAUGUCGUUUAUGCAGGACAUGGAUUUUUCUCAGCAGGCAGCUCUUCUGGGCAAUGAAGAUACAGCCGUCGAGGAACCUGUUCCUGAAGUGGUACCCGUACAAGCAGAAACUGCCAAGAAAUCCAAAAGGCCGAGUAGAGAAGUCAUCAGCUGCAUGUUUGAGCCAGAAGGAAAUGCUUGCAGCCUGACGGACAGCACGGCGGAGGAGCAUGUCCUGGCCUUGGUGGAGCACGCAGCCGACGAGGCUCGGGACAGGAUCAGCCGGCUCCUCCCAGGGGGCAAGAUGGGCUAUCUGAAGAAGAACGGGGACGGCAGCCUGCUCUACAGCGUGGUCAACACGGCUGAGCCGGACGCCGACGAGGAGGAGACCCACCCCGUGGACCUGAGCUCGCUCUCCAGCAAGCUGCUCCCGGGCUUCACCACGCUGGGCUUCAAAGACGAGAGAAGGGGCAAAGUGACGUUUCUCUCCAGCGCCACCACCGCCCUGUCAAUGCACAACAAUUCCGUAUUUGGCGACUUGAAACCGGACGAAACGGAGCUGCUGUAUUCUGCCUACGGAGACGAGACGGGUGUGCAGUGCGCACUGAGCCUGCAGGAGUUUGUGAAGGAUGCUGGGAGCUACAGCAAGAAAAUGGUGGAUGACCUCCUGGACCAGAUCACCGGUGGGGACCACUCACGAAUGCUCUUCCAGCUAAGGCAGAGGAGAAAUGUUCCAGUGAAGCCUCCAGACGAAGUGAAGGCUGGGGACUCGCUGGGCGACGGCAGCUCCGUCCUGGACUUCAUGUCGAUGAAGUCCUACUCUGACGCCUCUUUGGACAUCUCCAUGCUCGGCUCUCUGGGAGUCUGGCCGCCGUCCUCGGGACUCCCUCCCAGAUGGUCCCAAAGCGGGGUUGCCCCAGUGGCCUUUCGGAUGUCAGGCUCCAUGUGAAGGAUUGCCGGGGUCCCUCAGCCUGGUGGUUCAUGCAGGGAUGGGCUGCCUGCUUCGACUUGCUGUUCGUGCGUUGGUGUGUGCACGUGCGUCCCCACGGCCCCCACCACGCGAGACAUCCUCUGUGCUCUGCAUGGCACUCGGGCUUUUGGAGUGUCCCUGGCCACCCACCUCCCUGAUGACCAGUGGUUCUCGUGGUGCUCCUCCUCCUCUCCCUUACUUUGGACACACCUGAGCUUUACUGUGGGGCUUCUCACCUGAGAGCAGCCCCCCCCCCACCAUUGCGUGUGACAGUGUCUGGAGACAUCUUUGGCUGUCACACUUGGGGUGUAGCGCUUCUGACAUUGAGGGGUGGGGGCCAGAUAUGCUGCUAAACAUUCUGAAGCACAGGGAGCAGCCCCCCAAGAACGACCCAGCCCCAGGGGUCACUGCUGCCGAGGAUGAGAAACCCUGCCUACGUCAGAAGUGGGUGUCGUCAGACCUGCAGAGUGUGUGAGGGCAGGUCUUGCUUUGUUACCCAGCUUAGCAGGCUCUGCCUUUGGUUAGAGUGUUUUUAGACUGUAUUUAGUGCAGUAACCCUAUCCAGUUCAGGUCUAAUGUCUUGCUACUGGUGAUUUUCCCAAUUGUUUGUGGGUCCCCCGCCUACUUCCCCGUUUGCUGGUUCCCUAGGACUCCUGGGAUUUGCGGCUCUGGUUUGUUAGAGCAGGGGGACAAACCGGGAUCCACAGAGGGACAGGGUGCACGGGAUGAUUCUGGGGGGGGGACCAGGUGGCACUUCCAGAGCCCUCUCUGCUUGGCACGUCUGCAGAUCCCAGGCUCCUGGAAGCAAAGCAGGUGUUCAGUGGAAACCACAUCGAUUGCAUGGACAGUUGAGGUGCAGGGAGCUCCUCUGUCACUGCAGUGGUAGGGACCCUUUGCGAUCCAAGUUCACCAGCCAGGGGCCAGCUCUGCCUUGUGGGCUGGUGGUCUGAGACUGCAGAAUUAACACUCUGCCAGCUACUCUUUGUGUUUAAGACUUUCUCCUUUUUACUGGGUUUUAGUAGUUUGGUUAUGACUUGCUUGGGUGUGCUUUUGUUGAGAUUGAUCUUCCCAGGUUCGGUUCAGUUUGUUGGCCCCGGGGGUUUGUAGAGUUCAUCAACUCUGGGAAGUUGAGCCAUAAUUGCAGCAGUCACCUGGGCCCCGGUUCUGCCGUUUGUCGCGAAGUCUCCUCUGCUUCGGGUGUGGCCGUCCCUUCCGCUGUGGCUGGCUUGCCGUGGCCCGUCCCAGGGUGGGGUGCAGGUCGCUAAGGACACCCUUCUCUCCCUGUCCAGGGGCUCCAUCGGUUUUUCCAGCGUCUCCCCUUCUGCCCUUGCCGUUGUUUUCCUCUGCCUUUUGAGGAGCCAGUGCCCGGUCCCUGAUGUCACGCCCGUCUUGUUCAUGCCCUUCCUCCCUUGUUUGGUGGGGCCGUUUCCCUGCCCUCCGCUCUCCGGUAGCCGUUCAUCACAGGCCAGACUGCGGCUCCGCUGUCGGGUGCUGUGUUGGGUCUUGUCUGACAGGCCAUCAGCGACUUGUAGCCAUCGGACCCUGUCCGCGUUUUGCUUUGAGAUGUUCUUAGGGUGGCCCCAAGCCACAUUUAGUGUAGGCGGGACAUAGUCCCACCAUGGGGCCACAGAUUAUUGCAGACAUGUGUGAACUCCCUGGUGGGGCUGUGUCCUCUCAUGCACACACAGGUCCCUCUGGGCCCAGACGUGGGAGCUCUCCAGGCCGCCCAUCUUCACCAGCCCUCAGCCUGCCCACUGCCCAGGGCUCCCCUGGCUCUGGCCUGGGCCCUGUCCCGGGGUCUGCAGGUCUCUAGCACACACUGUCCUGCUUCUUACUUGUUUAUGCCAGUGGGGGUGGGGGGCAGCAGCUCUGUGUGAAAUGGCUCAGAUUUGACGUGGCACCUGCAUUCUUGUCCACCCCGGCGGCCCGGCCCCGCCCCGCCCAGCUUCGCGCACGUUGCCUCCCAUCCCAAGCGUGCACAGAAGUGAGGGAGAGACCGGCAUGCUGUG